AAGCAGGAACCAAGACCCCGCAGGGAAUGAGGUCGUCUGGGCGCGCUGAACAGGCACGACAAGACUAGCAUGUCCCCACAGUCGCCAUCGUUCCAAGCUUCACAGGCAGUGUGGAGGAUGGGGUGCAUUUCCUCAACUGGAAACCGGCGCGAGAGUCACCCAGAAGGAGGCCCUUUCUGUGACGAUCUGUUGACCUCAAGGACAAGAUGCGCGAGAGUAUAUAAUAGAAUGGGCAUACGCUUGAAGACGCCGUGAUCAUCACAGCAUUGAGCAUCCAACAUGCGCGUUCUCAGUCUUUUGUGUGCUGUACUGCCAGCCAUUGUGUCCGCAUUUCCCAAUGCACCCUUCGUCACCGAGGGCCAAUGGGUCCACGACAACACCGGCGAGAACUUCACCUAUGUUGGUGUCAAUUGGCCCGGUGCUGGCGAGGUCAUGAUUCCAGAGGGUCUCCAGUACCGCAGCGUUGCAUCAAUCGCGGCAAUGAUUAAGAGCCUGAACAUGAAUGUUGUUCGGCUGACCUUUGCCAUUGAGAUGCUCGACGACAUCGUGGACAAUGGCGGCGACGUCACACUCCAGAAUGCCUUCAAGAAGGCCCUGGGCGAUGCAAAUGGCACUACAAUCUACAAUCAGGUCAUCAAGAACAACCCUCAGUUCGGUCCCUCGACUACCAGGCUUCAGGUCUACGAUAAUAUCGCUGCUGAGCUCGCGAAACUCGAAAUUUACGUACACCUCGAUAACCACAUGUCCAAUGGCGCAUGGUGCUGCUCUACAACCGACGGCAAUGCGUGGUUUGGUGACAGAAACUUCGAUGUUGCAAAGUGGAAGCGCGGUCUGGAGUACAUGGCUAAACAUAGCAAGCAAUGGCCCAACAUGGUUUCUAUCGGCCUCCGCAAUGAGUUCCGCAAGCCAGAUGUCGCCGGCUCUUCCCUCCCCUACGACUGGCCCACCUGGUACGAGCAGAACGUCGACGCCGCCAACAUCGUCAACGCCGCGAACCCCGACAUCCUGAUCUUCUUCUCCGGCCUGAACUACGACACCACCCUGCAGCCCAUCCCCUGGGCCGACGAUCUCGGCAACGGCCAGAAAUUCCUCCUCACCGACUUCGCCUACGCCGACAAACUCGUCCUCGAGAUGCACAACCACCAGAACUCCGCCACAGACUGCGGCAGCAUCGAGAGCGGCCUCUGGAACAACGGCUUCCGCGCCACUGGCGAGCGCGCCGUGAACAGGAUGCCGGUGCUGCUCACCGAAUUCGGCUUCUCGCAGGCCGACGGCAGUUAUCAGGGCGUGUAUGCCUCGUGUCUCCGCAAGCUGAUGCCGCAGUGGAGGACCGGCUGGAUGGUGUGGGCGCUGGGCGGUAGCUACUAUAUCCGCAGUGGCAUUCAGGAUUACGAGGAGACGUGGGGCCUGACGAAUCACGAUUGGACUGGCUGGAGGAACGAGGCUGCGAUUGCAGAGCUUAAGGGUAUGGUUGACGCUACGCUUGCUUCCGUGCAGUGAUAGGUGGAGAUCAAUAAUACAAUUCGUUUUUUUCUGC